CUCUCUUUCUCUCUCUCUAGACUUGGAAAUACAUAAAUGUAAACCUUUUUAUUCGGAGAGCGAUGGAAGCCACCACCUUCUGCCUUCUGCUGAAGGUGGCUCAACAUAGAGGUGAAUGAAGGGCGUCCAUUGACUCAUUAAUUGGGUCACAGAGAGAUAAACAGAGAGAGAAACAAAGAGAGAGAGAGAGAGGGAGAGAUGGGUCAGGGGCUGAGUUGCAGACAGAGUGAUGAACAUGGGCUCUUCCGUGCCGUGCAGUUUGGGGAAUUGGACACUGUGGAAGCUUUGCUAGAGAGAGAACCAGCUCUCUUGCGCCACUCGACUGUCUAUGACCGCCACUCUGCUCUUCAUAUUGCUGCUGCGAAUGGCCAGAUCGAGAUUCUUUCUAUGCUCUUAGAACGAUCUGUAAAUCCAGAUGCGUUGAAUCGUCACAAGCAGACUCCACUUAUGUUGGCUGCAAUGCAUGGCAAGAUCUCGUGCGUAGAAAAGCUUCUUGAAGCCGGAGCAAAUGUCUUAAUGUUUGAUUCCCUUCAUGGACGAACCUGCUUGCAUUAUGCUGCUUACUAUGGUCAUUCUGAUUGCCUUCAAGCUAUUAUUUCUUCUGCUCAUUCAAGUCCUGUUGCUGUUUCUUGGGGAUUUUCACGAUUUGUGAAUAUUAGAGAUGGCCGGGGAGCAACACCAUUGCAUUUGGCAGCCCGUCGAAGUAGGCCUGAAUGUGUACAUAUUCUGUUAGACAACGGAGCUCUUGUUUGUGCUGCAACUGGUGGAUAUUGCUGUCCUGCGAGCACUCCACUUCAUUUGGCUGCUAGAGGGGGAUCUCUGGAUUGCAUACGUGCAUUGUUGGCAUGGGGUGCAGAUCGUAUUCAAAGAGAUUCAUCCGGGAGAAUACCAUAUAUAGUUGCUUUGAAACACAAACAUGGAGCUUGUGCAGCAAUGCUAAAUCCUUCAUCAGCUGAGCCUCUUGUGUGGCCAGCACCUCUGAAGUUUAUUAGUGAGCUUAAUCAGGAGGCAAAAGCUCUGCUAGAACAGGCCUUAAUGGAGGCAAACAGGGAGAGGGAGAAGAACAUCUUGAAAGGAACUGCUUAUUCUCUUCCAUCUCCAUCACAUUCUGAUGUUGGGACGGAUGACAAUCUGUCUGUGGAAAGCGAUUUAGAUCUAUGCUGCAUAUGCUUUGAGCAGGUGUGUACAAUUGAAGUCCAGAAUUGUGGCCACCAAAUGUGUGCACAAUGCACUUUAGCCCUCUGCUGCCAUAACAAGCCUAACCCAACAACAUUAUGUGUAACACCACCAGUUUGCCCGUUCUGUCGAAGCACCAUUGCCCGUCUGGUAGUUGCAGAGAUUAAAACUUAUGAUGAUGCUGAUCAUGACACCGGAGAUAACAAUUCCUCCAAGCUAAGAAAGGCAAGGAGGUCCCGAAACUUCAGUGAGGGCAGCAGCAGUUUCAAGGGGUUAUCGGCAUUGGGUUCUUUUGGAAAGAUGGGUGUCCGUGGCUCAGGAAGGAUUCUUGCUGAGAAUGAAUGGGUUGACAAGCCUUGAUGCUUGGAGGCAUUUGGCAACCAGAAAAAGAAUCUAUGUGUGAUUUGAGGAUUUUCUUUCAUGUAAGUGAAAGAGAGAAAAAUCCAAGAGGCUGCUGUUGGUGGUUGACACAUGUAUGUACAGAUAAAAAUCCAUGUGGUAUGUAGUUUUGGGAAAUAAGCAAAGAAGUGAGUUGCAGGCAUUGGUUGGGUUAGUUAUGUUGGUCAUGUUAAAUUUGAGAUUCAAGGAUCUUAUUAGUUGGUGAUUUGAGAGUCUGUUAGAUGUCUGAAUUGGGAAGGAAAAAGAAAAAAGACAAGACAAAAAAGAGGAAGAAAUUUUUUUUUCUUGUUCAAAGGUAGAAUUCAACAUUCUUGAAUGGCUGCUCUGCCUAGAAAGACAGUCACAAAAAGACCCUUGGAAGGAGUCAAGGAAUAUGUUGUGCUUUUGACCCUAAUCAAAGCACUUCUCUUUCCUUGUGAGGAAUGUAAUAUUAAAUUUAUUGUUUUUGUUGGAAAUUUUAAAUUAUUUUUCUGUAGUUUGUGUAUACAAAUGGGAUGAUGUGAUACAAAAAUUACAAAUAAAUAAUAAAAGUCCUUGGCAGAUGGAUUUCAUGU